CCUCAGCCAUUUCUGCUCCAACGCCACCACUUUCACGAGAAACAGCACUUACCAAACCAAUCUCGAACACCUUCUCUCUUCCCUCUCUUCCAACUCCUCCGCUGCCGCCAAUGGGUUCUAUAAUACAACCUCCGGAGAAAAUCCCAACAGGGUGUACGGUCUCUUCCUCUGCCGCGAUGACGUCUCGACCACUAUUUGUCGAGAUUGUGUCAUUUUUGCUACCGGUGACGUGACUCAGCGUUGCCCUGUUGAAAAAGAGGCCGUGAUUUGGUACGACAAGUGUCUCCUCCGCUAGUCCAGCAAAUUCAUUUUCUCCGCCGUGAGUGAAACGCCGAGGGUGGCUUUUUGGGAUAAUCAGAAUGUCACGGAUCAUGUCCGAUUGGGAUAAUCAGAAUGCCACGGAUCAUGCCCGAUUAGACGAGGUCCUGGCUAAUUCGUUGAAUGAGGCCACGAUUCAAGCUGUGUCGUUGGCUAAAAGGUUUAGCACCAACGUGGCUAAUGUUUCUCGGUUACAGACCCUGUAGAGCCUGGUCCAGUGCACGCCGGACCUUUCAAGUCCGGAUUGCAAUAGGUGCAUGUCUCCGGGUUGUCAGAGCAAGUCUCUCCGGUUGUUGCAGUGGAAGAGUAAGCGGAAGCGUACUAAAUCCUAGUUGUAAUGUUAGGUAUGCUGUUUACCCGUUCUAUAAUCUGACUGCAGUUGCAACUCCGGCGCCACCACCACCAGUGGUUACUUCUUCUGGUUCAGUGAUCAUUCCCAAAGGAAAAUGUCAAAAAUCAUGGCUGAUAAUUGUUGCCAUUGUUGUCUCAAACAACCCAGUGCAAGAAGCUAAUGUUGGGAUUGAUAUAACCACUAUAAAGUCACUGCAGUAUGAUCUCAACUCAAUUGAAGCGGCAACAAACAAGUUUGCAGACGGUAAUAAACUAGGCGAAGGUGGAUUUGGUGUGGUAUACAAGGGUAGUUUUCUGAAUGGAAAAGAAAUAGCUGUGAAGAGGCUAUCAAAACGCUCUGGACAAGGUGCAAAGAAUUCAAGAAUGAAGUUGUAGCACUAGCCGAGCUUCAGCACCGGAAUCUAGUGAAGCUGUUAGGAUUUUGCACAGAAUGAGACGAGAGGAUACUUAUCUACGAAUUUGUUCCCAACAAAAGUCUUGACUUCUUCCUCUUUGGGCUGGCCUUUCUUCACAUUUAUCUGGAUUGAACUGUUCUUUACUUAGUUAUGAUAUGAGUAUUAUUCAUAGCUAUUUAGCAUUACUGCUUUUGUUCAGUUCUUUCACAACAUGUCAACCCAAUUGCUAAUUGCUGUAAGGUAAUAUAUUCAGAUCCUGAGAGAAGUGGAGAACUGGAUUGGCCAAGACGCCACAAGAUAAUUAAGGGGAUUGCUCGAGACCUUCUAUAUCUUCAUACUGAUUCAAGGGUCAAGAUCAUACACUGUGAUUUGAAAGCUAGUAAUAUUUUGCUGGAUGAGGAUAUGGUCCUGAAAAUUUCAGAUUUUGGCAUAGCAAAAAUUAUUGAAGAAAAUCAAACACAAGAACCUACGAGGAGAAUUGUUGGCACGUAGUAAGUUCUCCAUCCCAAAAUCUUCAUCCUUUCUUGUUUGAUGAAGGCUAACUGUAAACUCUUUUUCAUUGAACUGCCAUCAUUCCAUAUUAUAGUGGUUACAUAUCUCCAGAGUUAGCAAUGCAUGGAAAGUUCUCUGAGAAAUCAGAUGUGUUUAGCUUUGGUGUAUUGAUGCUAGAAAUUGUAUGCGGUAAAAUGAACACAGGCUUCUAUAACUCUAAUCAUUCUGAAAACCUUUUAACCCAGGUAAGUGCUGGCAAAAAAUUUUUUUCUCAAUGCUAAAUGCUCUUACUGUUAGUCAAUAAGGAGCAUGUUUUAUC